AUGGCAGAUGAUGAAAAAAAGAAUCUCGAGGAGGCGAAGAAGGCCAAACAGGCCGAAAUCGACCGCAAGCGUGCCGAGGUGCGCAAGCGGAUGGAGGAAGCCUCCAAAGCUAAGAAGGCCAAGAAAGGUUUCAUGACACCCGAGAGAAAGAAGAAGCUCAGGUUACUGCUGCGUAAGAAAGCCGCUGAGGAAUUGAAGAAGGAGCAGGAGCGCAAAGCGGCCGAGAGGAGGCGCAUCAUUGAGGAAAGGUGCGGUAAACCCAAGAACAUUGAAGAUGCAAACGAAGAUAGUAUUGCGAGGGUUUGCAAAGAAUACCACGAACGCAUCGGUCGCCUCGAGGAUGAAAAGUUCGAUCUGGAAUACAUCGUUAAGAGAAAAGAUAUGGAGAUUGCGGACCUGAACUCCCAAGUCAACGACCUCAGAGGAAAAUUCGUCAAACCCACACUCAAGAAGGUGUCCAAAUAUGAGAACAAAUUCGCCAAGCUCCAGAAGAAGGCGGCUGAAUUCAACUUCCGUAACCAGUUGAAGGUCGUUAAAAAGAAGGAGUUCACCCUUGAAGAAGAAGACAAAGAGAAAAAGCCAGACUGGUCCAAGGGAAAACCAGGAGACCAAAAGGAGGGUGAGGCAGGUGCGGCUGCUCCAGGAGAUGGGGCUUCACCUGCAGAAGGAGUUCCACCAGCCGAGGGUGCCCCACCGGCUGAAGCUCCACCGGCUGAAGCCCCACCAGCUGAAGGAGCACCGGCUGCAGCUCCACCUGCUGAAGGCGCCCCAGCACCCGCACCCGCUGCAGCACCUGCGGAAGGUGCGCCGGCAGCAGCACCAGCUGAAGGCGCGCCAGCGCCCGCUCCUGUAGCUCCCACUGAAGGAGCGCCCGCUGCAGCCGACCCCGCACCAGAACCAGCGCCAGCGCCAGCGCCAGUGGCUGACCCUGGUAAGCUCUUGAUGCUAUUCCAAAAGACCACAGACAUGAUAUGA